AUGGCUGCCAAGCGCAAAUGCCCGGCUGCGGCCAAACACCAGGAACAGCAGCCCAAGCGAGCCCGCAAGACCGAGGCGGCGGCGGCGGCGGCGGAGUUCUCUGGCACUCAGUUCAAGGGCAUGUUGCGCGAGCCCAGCACUGCUAUGAAGGGUUUGGAAACAUUCAUAUCCAUAGCUAAAUUAUUACCAUCAGCAGAACACUACGAUGUAGUGGAAGGAUACAUAAAAAUUUCUGUUGAGUGUGCAGAAAUUUUAAAACUUCUAGAUGGUGAAAGAAGGCCAGAAAGUGAGAUGCUGCUAAUCUUUCAAGCUCUGGAAAGCAUUUUGCUGCGAACAGCAAGUGAUCUUUCCCAUUUUCGUGUUGUGGGGAUGAACAUAGUAAAGAAGCUGAUCAACAGCUAUAUGAGAUUAAUUUACUCUGCUCUAUAUUCUGAAAAUCAUAGAAUGUCCCGUGUAUGCCUCACAUUGCUGUCCGCAAUGGUGACACAGGGGCCAGAUGCAGCAAGGGAUGUCUACAGCCACUUUGAUUUCAAUAAUAAGUUCUUGUCUGGAUUGGUGAAAAAGAGAGAUUAUAAGGGCAAGCCUGAUGUCCGUAUGGCAUACAUACAGUAUGCUCUCUCCUUCUUAAUUACUGGUGACAGCAUGACCAUGGUACACAUUCUGGAGUUGAAAGAUUUCAUUCCUGAUAUUUUUAGAACUGGAUUGAAGGAAGAUAGAAUUUCUACAAUUAGCCUUCUGCUUUCCACAUUGACUGCAAAGGUGGUUCACAACAGAAGUAUCAAUAAGACCCAGAAGGUGCGUUUUUUUACUGUAGAUGUGUUGAACAACAUUGCUUCUCUGUACCGCUGGAAUGGAAUCACUGAUGUCAGCACUGAAGAUGUCAAGGCAACCCAAGACCCUGAAGAGGCAGGCAAAGUCAUGAUAAGGGAAUUGGUUCAUAACUUCUUAAUAAAUCUCUGUUGUUCUCUGAAGCAUGGCAUUAACUUCUAUGAUCCAAGUCUUGGCACAGCCGGCAGAGGAGGGAAUUUGGUGCUUCUGCAUUUUCUCCUGUGUUUAAAGACUGCUGUGGAGGAUGAGAUGGUUGCUGACCUUAUGGUGAACAUUUUCAAAGUAUGCCCAGAUUUACUGAACAGAUUCUUUAAGGAGUCUCAAUAUUCUUUUAUACCCAGACAGAAAUCAGCUUGGCUGCACAAUAUUAAAUUGUUAAGGAAGAUCUAUGAUGCUCAGCCAGAGGUUUCCCACUGUUUUAAAACGGCAGAGUUUAUUCCACUUCCUAGAUUGCUUUCAAUGGUGAUGGUGACAACUGUUCCAGCAGUAUGCAAUAAAGUAAUGUUCACCCAGGGAUUAAAUAUAGCCAAUAAAACUGUGAAACAUACAAUCUUUUCACUUCUGUCAACAAUACUGAAAAGAACACUGAAGAACAUUGAAUACUGUUUGAAUGAGAAGAUAUGGGAGAAGUCAGAAAUCUACACUCCAUCUAUGAUGCAGGAAUUUGUUCAGCAAUACAGGGAAGCAUUAGGCAAGCUUUUACCAGAUAUGACUAAUAUAGUAGCAGUCUGGCAGUCCCUUCUAAAGCAAGAGAAGGAACAUGAUGGACAGAGGAGAGAAGACAAAGAUGCUGCUUCCAUGGUGGAGGAAAUGACUGAGGACAUGGAGCAUGGUUCAGAUGAUGCAGAGACCACUCUUCUGAAAGCUGCAUUACUUCAUGUUAUAUGUCUCUAUCAGCAAGUUGUUCCACACUUGGUAGCACAAAGCAACUUCGAUUUUAGUAAACUAAUCAAAGGUAUCGUUACUGAAAAAGGAUUGCGGCAGGAGAUUCCUCCUGUUCUACAACAUCAUAUUCUAAAAGUAGCUCUGGAGUUGCCUGCAAAUAAGUUUUCAUGGUUUAAAAUUCAAGCUGAAUCUGCAGCUGAGAAAGCUUGCACUGAAAGAUCGGUAUUUUAUUUAUUGAUGAAAAUGUUUGUUACAAGUAAUCACCCACAUCUCAAAACAAUAACAAGGAAAUUGAUUAUUAAGGUUUUGCACGACAGUGGGGUAUUUGAGUAUACCUGGAAAGAACUUGAACUGUGGUUUGAACAUUUGGAGAACACAGCAGAAGCCAAAAAGGAAGCAGUGAUUCAGUUUUUGGAAAGGGUCUUGGUAAAAUUGGUGACCAAUCCCUAUCCUUACACUGAUAAGGCAGCAGAUCUUGUUCAAGAAGCCAGUAUUCUCCAGGUCAACCUGUUUAAACAAGAUGUUGAUAAUAUCAGCAUACCCAUCUCUCACAUUGAUGAUGCUCUGGAUAUGAUUGAUGUCCUUGUGGAAGGCAAUGAAGGCUUAGAUGAAGAAACUGGAUCCACGUUAAGUGAAGACAUGGUUGUGAGCACUUUUCCAUUCAGCGCUGUUGUUCCAGCUGCUUUAGAAGCCAGGAAUAAGUUCCUUGACCAGUGUGACGAAAAUGCAGAGGGAGAAAACAUAGUGGAUUAUCUCAUCAAUGUCUGCACUGACCUGCUGCAUUCUCAAAGAGACCCCUUAGCUCUUUGUUUGAUGUUUCAUCUCUAUGAUAGGGAACUUCAGUCACUGAGUUCUAACUAUCCUCAACUCUACCAGUUCAACCAAUAUUACAGUCUUUGGAUCCCACAGCAAACUAAGGAAGCUUUGUUCCAGCUAAUCAGCAAUGAGUCUGAAGACCAGUUCCUGUCACUGGAUUCAUCGUUUUCCUCUUUAUUGAAGAAUAGUUACAAGACAGGGGCUGCCACUCUCUUGGAAGAGGGUGUUAAGGAGAAGUUGAAUGAGGCAAUUUUAUAUCUCCAGCCUCAGAAGCUCUUGUUGGCGUCAAAGCAUGUUCUGUUAUACCUCAAAACCACAGUGGAAAAUUUCAGCAGUUUCAGCAGGAACUCUGGUCUUUCCUUUCUCACUGUCCUUGUGGACCUGCUGAAGAAUAUACUGCUCAGAGUUAAUGACAUAGAACUGCAUAAUCAGCAGGAAAAGGAAAAUGCCCAAACAAAUUCUGAUCUUUUUAUGGAUAUGGAGUCUCUGACUGCAGUGGAAACUUCAAAUGACAAGAUACUGGAAGUCUUUUUCACUUUGAUCUUCAAACACCCUACACUGGAGAGUUGGUUCCUGGCUGUAGAACAACAUUCUCUUCCACAUCACAAGUUAAGUCCCCUGGCAGUGAAGCAGCUCUCUGCUCACCUGAACAAUUGUAUACUUGAGUUAUUGAAGGUGAGCUGUUCAUUGUUACAGUGCAGGAAUCAACUGCAUGUGCUGUCUGGAUAUUUUGAAGCUGUCACUAAGACUGUCUUGAAAGAACUGCACACUGGGAGAAGAGGAGGAAGCAAAACAUAUCUCACAGGGUCACAGCAACUAGAGGCAUUGCAAGAUCUGCACAAAUACAUGGACUCUCAACAGCUAAAAGAAGUCAUACUGGCUAUGCUGCAGGUUCCUAAAGCAAAUCUAGCUGCUAAGAAAUCUGAAACUUCCUCUGGCAAAAAAUCAUGCCUGAAUGCUUACGGAAGGACUCUAGUACAGCUUCUCACAGAGAGCUACCAAAGAGGAUCCCUGAAGGGAGACGUCUUUUUUUCAAGAGAGCACAUUCAAGGGAUGGGAAUUCUUUUGUCCACAGCAGCCACGGAAGAGUUGGAGAAGGUCUUCAUGCAUGCUAUAGAGAAGGAGCCUGUCUUUGUCCAGGCAGUCGGAGUUGACAUUCAGAUGUUCUGUCUUAAUCAUGCAACAGAGACUUCCCUCUCCGUUGCAGCUUUGCUGAUUCGUUAUUGCCAGACUCAUCUGCUGCAGUUUGAGCUGUGGUGUCUGAUGCAUGGGACCAGCAAGUACUUGAAAAAGAACAUUGGCCUUUUCCUGCCACUCAUCAAUACAUAUUUGCAGUGCCAAGAGCAUCACAGUUUUACACGCCUAUCAAAAGUCUCUUCAGCUGUUGCGUGUGUUCUAAGAGAAUCUUUGUGGGCAGAACUGUUGGAUGUGUUCUUGAAUACAGAUGCAUCAAAGCCAUUGACAGAGGAGUGUCAAGUUCUUUCCAAGUUACUGCCAUUUUUACAAAUGGAAGACUUGACAAAUCUAAUGGAAAUGUUACCUGUAGCUCUUCAGGCAUCGCGAAGUCUUGAGCACUGGGUGGUUGCAGAUGCUAUAUCAACAACACUGGAGAGCUCUGAAGAGAAGCUGAAUUCCUGGCAGAAACACUUAUUAGAUGUCUGUAUAAAAUGGUUAACCCUCACUUACAGCAACAGCAAAGAGCAAGAAACUCAUUCAGAAAUGGAGAAUUCUAUGCUGUCAAGACUAGAAAAAUUAUUGCAUUCAGUAACUGAAGUGGUUCCAGAGGACUGGCAUAAUUUUGUGAAAAUGGGACUCAGGUACCGUUAUAAAGACCAAGCUUUUAUGAAAACUCUAAAUUCAGCUAUAAAUUUAUUGUACCAGAAAGAGAACGAUUUUAGUCAGAGAUUAGUCAAGCUAUCCAUCCUUUAUAUGAUGAUCACGCAGCACUCUUUAUUUUUGUCAACAAUGCUGAGGUCAAGAGAAGACGCUGACACGAAUGUUCAUGCAAGAGAGGCAUUAGUGGAUAUACUGUUGACUCUUGUAAAAUGCUGCCCUGAAGUGUGUGAGAGUAAUCAUUUUGCUGUGCUACUUGGAGCCUAUGGCGCAACUCUGAGUAUUGUAGACCAGAAGAUAUUGCUGCUGCUGAAGCUGUAUGAAAAGAGUGGUCUAAGCCUUAUAAACUUCAGAAUACUUCUUUGGGGUCCUGCUGCUGUGGAACACCACAAGACAUGCAAGAGUUUAGGAAAGUCACUGUGGCAGCAGCCAAGCAUGGAAGAAAUUCUGAGCCUGCUAGACCGUGAGAUGAUGUUGAGGACCAUUCUCCAUUUCCCUCAGCAGCGACAUCUUCUGCUUCAUGAGGAAGAACCGAUGCUGCAAAGCAAAGGCAAAAGCAAGGUGGAUCUUCAAGAUCUCUAUGAUCCCUGUUUCCUCCUUCAGCUGUUCAGUGAAUUGUUGAGACCAGAAUGUGUUGUAGGAUGUCCAAAGUUUGUUGAAAUCAAUGCUUUGGGGCUGACAGUAGCUGCCCUAAGUAGCUAUGACCAGAACAUGCGAGCAGCAGCAUACUAUGUCCUGGGCUCUUUUCGCUUUCACCUUGAAGGGGCUCGAUUUCGAGAACAAAAGCAGUUGCUUUACCUUAUGGAUGUUGUGCAAAAUGGAAUCAUACAACCAAAUUUCAGAUUUACUUUCCCUUUAACACUCUAUAUUGCUAGAGUAGCCCAACACAUGCUGAAGCCAGAAGAGCAUAUGUACACAAAGCUGAACAAGUUCCUUCUUUCACACCAAGACUUGGAUUUGAAGAAAGUGCCAGGAUUUUUUCGGCUUUUCUACAGUUUUGAUGUAGAGCACAAAUUGGAACGGAAAUGGGUUCUAGCAAUUAUUGGGGAAGGACUCCGAGAUAAAUACUGCUAUACGCUGUAUGAUUAUCAGAGGAUUUUCCAUGUCAUUCUUUCUUUCUUCCACAGUCCACUGUGUGAUGAAGCUACCCAGUAUCAGAUUCUGGGAAUACUACAAAAUGCUGCCUGCAUCUCCAAAGCUGCCUAUGAGCUAAUAAGAGACCACAGCCUUUUAACAUGGCUAUUAUUCAUUCUACAGAAAAGGUUUUUAGAAAACAAGAUGUUAAACAAUGUAAUCUUGUUAGUCCAUACCCUGUGGGUUACUAAUUUGGGAGACAAACAAAAGAGACUUCUAGAGAAUCAGAAGUUCCUUCCCCUCCAACUUAUCAAUGAAUUUCUACAUGUUCUAAUAACGUUACUGAAAUACAUCCGAACCAACUUGGAUUUUGCCCAGCUGAUUCAGUUUUUCAACGUAUUAAGUUCCAUAUUAGAAUACCGUGCAGUAGUGAUUGAGGCCUUCAAAGAAAUGGGCAGAUUUACUGUGAAUGAGCAUGUCCUUUCCAACAAAGAUAUUCUGUUACUCUUGCACAAGUGGAGCAUAAUUAGUAAAGAUGUGAAACUUCAAGAUGAUCUGCAAACAAUUGCUCAACAAUACCAAGUUAAAGAAUUGCUUAAAAAUAUUAAAGAGAAAAACAAAGCACAAGUACCUUUUCGAACAUCAUCAGAAUUUGUUCAGAAGAUGAAUGAUGCUGAAACAGACCCAGAUCCAGCUUUUCAGUGCAAUCCACUUGAUUUAGUGGAAUGCAGAUCUCCCAUGAGAUUGGUUCUGAUACACUGGAAGCCUGUGUUUCCAAAUAUUUCAGGAAAACUUUCAAAAGAGCACAGUGGAUAUGGCAAUCCUGGUCUUUCAUGUAAGAUUGCUUACUUAGUAUUCAGAUGGUUGGUGAAGUCCCUGGUUGACAGCCACUCCCACAAACAAGAUGUACUUUUGACUUUCAAGUGGUUUAAAAAUUGCAUUUUAGCAAAUACCACUGUGGUACAAGAGAUUAUUAAGGAUGACGCUCUGAAAAGCAGUAUAUUUAAGCUUUACUGCAACUUUCAUGAUCCCAGUGAAGACAAGACUUUGGACCUGAAUGACCUCUCUCUGCUUAAUACAAUCAUGCUUCAUUUAAUGGAUUCUCAGGUCCUGAUGAAAAAUAAAUUUCUUGUGACUGUGAAAAGGUUCUGCCUCUCUGCAAUGGAAGAGAAUGACACAAUGAAGAAAGCUGCAGGCAUAUUCCUCACAUCUCUGUAUAUUAGAGAUAUUUGGCUGGGAGCACAGCAAUUAGAUAUGUUUAUAACUCAUGUUAAACUGAUCUGUGGAGCAAGCAAUGGAGAACAAAAUGGUGACAGUCACAGAAUGGGAGAACCUGAAGAAGCUAUGGUUUCUCUGUGUAAAAACAUUUAUUCAUAUUUAAUUCUUCCUAAUUCCUUGCAAUCUUAAAUAUCUGGUUUCUAAGCUAUCCUGUAUGCAUCUACAUAGAUUCAAAGGAUUUUUUAAAAUUCUCCUGUAAAAAGUAAGUUUUGAGCUGCCUUAAAACGAUGCCAUAUAUAAGACAAUGCUGGAUUUUGAAAAAAUAUUUUUGGCUACUUUUUUCAUAAGGUAUCAAAAGUAACAUAUUAUGGCUGUUUUAUAUAUUACUACUAGUGAGCAAAAUUUCACUUACUUAAAGAUAGACAAGUUAAUUGCAGUUGUGCCUGUACUAAAACUAAAACCAAAAUGGCAUGGACUAACAAAGUGUUGGUAACACCCAAAAACUUUUAAAUGAUGUCUUGACAUCAGUAAAAUGUUACCAUUUCCUUGAACAGAGUUGUUUUGUAUGUGAAUAAAUUACCAUUAAAGCUUUCAUUCUGUGAUAUCCUGAGAAUUAAGGGGCUGGGCUUUCUUAUAUGUUCUAAUUAUUUCAGUGGAGUUUAGAUAGAAAGCUUUCAGUGGAUCAUUCAAAUAGGGUGUUGUUAUAUGGGAAUAUUAUUUCUAGGCACAGUUUAAUGUGGGAACAGAGGGUUAUAUGGGAAUAUUGUUUCUAGGCACAAUUUAAUGUGGAAACAGAGAACAUUGUAUGGACAGAAGAGUGUAUUUGAUCCAUGUUGAGUCUUCAACUCUGAUUAAUGGGUUUAAGAAUGUGAAUUUAACCUUGUAUAUAUAUAUGUAUUUAUAUGCUUUUUCAAUAAAUUAUGG